AUCACACGUCAUACGGCGAAAACGGAUCGUUGAAUUUUCGCCGCAACUCAGAACAGAUCCUCGACCAUUUUUAUUUGUCAGUUGGACAUUAAAUACUGAACGCUAACUGGUAAAACAAUUCAAAUUAAUUUAACCCGAUCCAAACGGCUUGAAGCCAACAUAUGUUAACCAGGACUGCAAACAUUCAAGCUGCUCCGUGACAACAGACCAUUAACGUUAUAAGUGUUAUGGAGACUAUUCUCAACUGCAGACCAGAGGACCUGGAUGAUUACUACUUGUUAUUAGGAUGUGAUGAAUUGUCGACGCAUGAACAGAUUCUGACUGAAUACAAGAUCCGAGCCUUGGCUUGUCAUCCAGACAAACACCUGAACCAUCCAAGAGCAGUGGCAGAUUUCCAAAAGCUGCAGGAAGCCAAAGAGGUUUUAUGCAAUGAAACCAAAAGAAAAAACUAUGACCUUUGGAGAAGAAGUGGAGUAACUGUGUCUUUUCAUGACUGGCAAGCCUUGAAUGACACUGUUAAAACUUCAAUGCACUGGGCUUUGAAAAAUAAGAAGGAACCAAUGUUGGAGGCUUCCAAUGCUGGGAGUGUCCCUUUGCAAGCGGAGGACCUUCAUUCUGACCAAGAAGCUCAGAGGAUCUCCUCAUGUGAUGCUAUUCCUUCUACAAGUGAUUACUGCCAUCGACGUUUCCGUUGGGCUGCUGACUCCCCAUCUAGUCUGCUGCAGAAGUUUAGAAAUUACGAAAUAUAAACACAUGUGUUUAAUAAGUUAAAUACUUUUGUAACUUUCUUGUGUCUUAGUCAGUUGGGGCCCUAAUUGUUGUAUAUGAUCUGUAAAUCAUUCAACUUUUGGUUUUCGUGAGCUAAACAAUAAAUGUGUUUGUUGUAUCAGAUUCUUUGUCAAGCAAAAAUGUAAAUGAUGUGAAUAAUGUAUUUUGUCAAUCGUUUUGCUAAUUUGAUCAAUAUGUUCACUAACACACACAAUGCAGAUAACUCAUCUGGGAUUAUACUGGAGCCCCUUAAGUCUGUCAUGUGUAUUUCUGUGAUGCUGUUAAGUCCAUUGGGAACAUAAAACUGAAGCAUCCGAA